UAUCUGAUCCCUUGUCAUAAAAUCCAAAAACUUUUAUGGAAAAUAUAGUUAAAAUAUGAAAAUUUAUUAUUGAAAAUAAAAUAUUGAAAAAAUAUGCAAUUUUAAAAUGUAUGAAAAUAAUAUGCAAAUAUGGUUAUUUGUUUUAAGGGACCAUAUACACAUACAUACAUAUAAUAUAAUACAAUACAUAUGUGUGUAUUGCGCAUGAUUUUGCCCAAGGCCUAAGAAAAAAAGAUAAGAAUAUAUAUCUAUGCCCCACAACAACCCAGACAUAUAAAACAAAUGACCUUGACCCAGUUUAUCUGUGGGCCUCUGCUGCCUUUUUGUUUUUUGUUGGUGUUGGUUGUAUGUAUGCUGUGGUGAUUAUGAUGCUGUUGGUGCUGCUGAUGUCUGCUGAAGAUGCUGAGAAAUUGGUGGCGGCGAUAUGGUUGACGAUGACGUUUGUUGUUGCUGAUGCUGUUGCUGCUGCUGCUGCUGUCUCUCUCCCUUGUCUUUUGUAAAAAGAAGAAUCUCAAGAUGAAAUUGAUCAAAAACGUCUUGUUCUUCUACAAAUGUCGCAGUCAAUGCAAGCACCACCACCGUCACAACAAACCCAAGCACCAGCAAUGCAACUAGUUUCUUCCCAACCACUACCAUCAUCCUCAUCAUCAUUGUCAUCAGUUGCAGUAGCAACAACAACUUCCACACAGCCAUCAAUACCAAUUAUCCGCAUUGAAAAGCUUUCUAGAAUUUCCCCUGGAUCCGUUUCCACAAACCCUGUCAGCGAUACGAUUACCUCCCAGCGUUUGAAAAGCAAACGGCGACCAACCUCCAAUAGAACAGCGGCCUUGCGGAUUUCAAAUGUCGUCGGCCAGUUUAGGCGUAGUAGUAGUAGAAAGCGCAGACCAACAACCAAGUUUCUCGAAAGCAAAGUUGAAGAGGCCGUUGUUGUAUCUCCUUCACCCCAGGCCAUUAUUGAUUUAGACGAAGUUGCAGCAGCAGCAGCAGCAUCGCCAUCAGCACCACCAACAUUAGCAUCCAGCAGCAGCAGCGCCGGCGGCGACACUUUCACCACAAAUCUCAGCCACAUCAACAUCACCAACAGUUUCUCCUCCACCUCCUCUGCCACGCCAUACAACUGUCUAAACUGUGGCCGCAAAUAUCAGGCCGAAUCUACGCUAAAACGCCACAUGCGCAGCGAAUGCAAUCAGCCGAAAAAAUUCAUUUGCCGAAUUUGCAAUCGUGGCUUCCAUCACAAUUUCAAAUUGGCCGAUCAUUAUCGUCGCCUGCACAAAAAUCUCUGGAAAAAUCACUCCUUUUAAUUUCCCUCCUCCCAGUUACCUAUUUUUUUGGUUGUAAAUGUGUUUAUCAUUCCCACUAUCAUCAAUUCCCGCCCCCCAUCUCUCCCUAAAACAAUUAAUGUAAGAAAAUCAACUUUUUUCCUUGGAAUAUUUUAUUUGAA